UGCAUCUACACUGUAGAAAGAAUGCAGUCUGGCACUACUUUAAUUGUCAUGGCUCAAUACUAUGGAAUAAUGGGAGGUGCAAUUUGGUGAGGCACCAGUUCUAUUUGGCAAGGAAAGCUACUAAUUCCAGGAUCCCAUUGCAUUGAACCACGACAGUUAAAGUGGCAUCAAAUGCUAUUAUUUCUACAGUGUAGAUAUAUCCUAAGUCGUUAAAACUAUCAUGCCUAAGAAAAAUGGCACCUACCAAAAUCCCAUCUUCUGUACCACAUAUUAUGUCUUCAGAAAUUCGUGUUGACAACUGUUAUCUCUAUGUUACAAAUUCGGCCUCUUCCAUCAAAGCCUGAUCUCUGGAGGGAUUACUUUGAAAUACUAACUGCAAAUUAAAGCUGUUGCAUCCACUGUCCCUUUUAGCCCUCUGGCUUUGGCAAUAUUGUCUCAUCUCGGAUGCAGUCCCAGGGCUGCUGCCCCCGGUCACCUGCUCACCCUGCUCUGGAUUUGUAGCAAUGGCUGCGAAUAUACCCAACUGCCUCCAGCAAGCACUGAUGAUAUUGCUGUAUCACCCAAGCAAGCUUCCUCCUGAUUUACCCAAUCCCUUGCCUUGUUUCUCAUUGGAGGGAAGAGACGCCUCUCUUUCCACGCAUCCACCUUUGCCCCUCAGCCCUGCCAUGAAGGAAGAUAAAAUUGCUUGCACCAUCCCAGAGAUCCAGUUCUGAACAUUACAGAGCGGGACAAAAGAAGACUUCAGAGGGGUGAAACUAUACGACCCAGAACCUGCCAAACAUCCAGCUCUCCACAAUGUCAGCCUUUAUUGCAGCCAGCCUCAGUGUCUUGACAUCGGAUAGCUGCCCCUUUUCAUCCAACCCUGUGAGGGCACCGUGUCUUUUGGGGACAACACCGGAGUUUGAGUCGUAUGAAGCCGAGGGAGCAACAAAGCAAGGAAGUGGCACUCUUUUGGCUAGAAAAAACCAGUGCGUGUCUGGUGUCACUGUGCAGUUGGAGAUGAGGAGCCUUUGGGAGGAAUUCAACAGCCUUGGCACUGAAAUGAUUGUCACCAAGGCAGGGCGGAGGAUGUUCCCUACUUUCCAGGUGAAGAUAUCCGGCAUGGACCCCAUGGCUGACUAUGUGCUGCUCAUGGACUUCGUGCCCUUGGAUGACAAAAGAUAUCGGUAUGCAUUUCACAACUCUGCUUGGUUGGUAGCUGGCAAGGCGGAUCCUGCUACACCUGGCCGAGUUCAUUUCCACCCUGAUUCUCCAGCCAAGGGAGGCCAGUGGAUGAGGCAAAUCGUCUCCUUUGACAAGCUCAAACUCACCAACAACUUGAUGGAUGACAAUGGCCAUAUCAUCCUGAAUUCCAUGCACAGAUACCAGCCCCGAUUCCACGUGGUGGUGGUAGAUCCACGUCCAGACUGUGAGCGUUAUGCCCAGGAGAAUUUCAAAUCCUUCAUUUUCACCGAAACUCAGUUCAUGGCAGUGACAGCUUAUCAGAACCACCGGAUCACACAGUUGAAAAUUGCUAGUAACCCAUUCGCAAAAGGGUUCCGAGAAUGCGAACCAGAUGAGUGGCCAGGUUCACCAGGGCAACUACUUGGCUGCUUAUCUCGGAAUGGCGGUACAACUACUUUAGCCCAGUUGCAGGAGAUUCCAGAGAAAGGAUUUACAAGCAGCCAUCAUCUCCCUCCUUCCCUCCUCAGAGAAACGUCUCAGCUCCAGCAUCCACCCCUGGUGACACCUGCCGGUCUCCCAGAUAUGUGCAUUGCUCGACGGCCCUUGAACGAAGCACCUGGGGCCUUGCCCUAUAAGCACCUCUCCUAUCACAGCAUUUAUGUGGGAGCCCGCUCACGGGGAACACCAUAUGCACUCCCCAGCAACCGGGCCACUAGCUUCCACACUCUCAACAUCUACACAGCUGGUGGCUAUGAACAAUGAAGGAAAAGGCCUAGUGGGAAGAUCAGGCAGGUACCUCCCCAGAUUAAAUCUAAUCCACAAGAAUCAAA